AUGACAGAAUUUUUAGGGUCAUUUGUUGAGCAAGAAGUGUGUUUUAAAAAGUAUAAAGAUUGUAAUUUAUCUACUACAGAAGUAAUUUCUGCUUGUAUAUUUGCUGCUCUCACAACAAGAUAAAGAGAUUCUUGAAAACGUUUUUGUGCAAUUCUUAAACUCUGUGGAACCAAUACUCCAAACCAUUUUAUAGGAUCUUGAAUCUCAUCUCUAUUAUCUGACUUCUUCAAGCUUAUGUCAAAAUUUGGGACUAUUUUACCAGUUUCCUCAGUUAAUUUUGUCUCUAAUUCGAAGAGUGUGACUACUCUUUCAUCUUCAAUAGGAACCUGUAAAACACUUAUGCUUUCCUUGCCUCAAAUACUAACAAUGGCUGUUAAAGAGAAACAAACAGACGCUAUCGAUGAAAUAGAAUGGAAUGUUGAAAAUGAAAUUCAAUUAUUCUUUGCUAUGAAUGGACAUAAACCUGUUGGUAUUAAUAAAUACUUUCAUAUGAUCUGCAUAUGGGAAAAAUUUCGUGCUGCCAUUCACAAAGAUGUAUCAUUAAAAACGAUUUGGGAACAUUUAGAAUCAAUGUAUGAUCUAAUGGCUCUGGAUGAUAUGGAGGAUUUACCAUUUCCUAGUCAAGAGGUAGAUUUUUCUUUACCAGAGCAAGAGUUUUUAGGACCACUUAAAUGUCGAAAAAGAGAGGAGCCAGAAUUAAAACUAAAAGAACAAAGGGAAAAAUUUAAGGAAUUUAAGAAAGAGAAAGAUAUUAAAGAUCCUAUGAAAAAAGACACUGUCCUUCGUGAUCUUAAAGGAAGUAAAGAUAUUGAUAAAAAAAAAGAAGAAUUUAAAAAAUAUGUCAAAGAUAUAGAACUAAAAAAAGAUAAGCUUAGAGAAAUUAAAGAUGUUAGGAAAGACUACAAAUCUUCUAAAGGACGAUCAAAAGGAAAGGAUGAUUUCGAAGAAGCAGCAUUCAAUGGUAAAAAGGAACGUAAAGAUUCCGAUUCUGGUCGCGAAAGUUUAAAAAGAGGUCCAAAAAGACCAACUAGACAAAGUAUGGAUAGUACAUCUAAGGCAUCUUCCAGUCCACGAAAUACGCCUCCACCAAAACGAAGAAGAAUAUAA